UUAAAAAAGUUAAUGGUUGUGUAUUGAUCAAAUAUACCAUUUUAAAAGUUUUUAGGUUAUAUUUCAGUUUGGUUUCGAUUAAAUCAGGUUAUCAAACAUUGACUAUGAAACUUUAAUACGCAAAUUAAUCUAUGACAUGCUUUUUAAUCAAGUUCUUUUGUAUUUUUGAGAUUAAACAAUUCUUGUUAAUUGGAUCGAACCUCCUAAACCAAGAACCAUGGAUGUUACCAAAUAUUUGCUGUCCACCCUUUAACAAAUCUGAUUUUUGUAUCAGAACAAAGUCCCUUUAUUCAGAUCUGAAGAACACAAGAGAACAAGAAACAUAGUUCUCAAAGUGUUUAACUCUGUGUUCCAAUAUGUCCUCAACACCAACAGAUCCUUUGCAAUUUCUAAUCCAACGGUUUCAAAACUACAAAUCUCAUCAUCUUCUUCAACAUUUUCCUGCAAGAUCUUCAGCUGUCUUAGUUUGUAUAUACCAAGAACAUGGAAAAGAUGGGAAGGACCUACGUGUGAUCUUAACCAAACGCUCUUCUACUCUCUCUUCUCAUCCUGGAGAAGUAGCAUUGCCUGGAGGGAAAAGAGACGAAGAAGAUGCAGAUGAUAUAGCUACCGCGUUGAGAGAAGCUCGUGAAGAAAUCGGUUUAGAUCCUUCUCUUGUUACAAUCAUUUCUGUUCUUCAACCAUUUGUUAACAAGAAGGGAAUGUCAGUUGUACCAGUUAUCGGUUUUCUACACGACAAGAAUGCAUUUAAACAGCUACCAAAUCCAGCUGAAGUAGAAGACAUCUUUGAUGUUCCGCUAGAGAUGUUUCUCAAGGACACGAACAGGAGAGCAGAGGAACGAGAGCAUGAAGGAGAAAGAUAUCUUCUUCACUACUUCGAUUACUAUGUGGAAGACAAAGAGAGAAACUUUGUUAUAUGGGCACUCACUGCUGGUAUUCUGAUCAGAGUUGCCUCCAUUGUUUAUCAGAGAUCUCCUGAGUUUCAAGAACUCAAGCCAAGCUUCUGGAAACAACCAAACUGAUGUUUCUUGAAAUGUAUUCUUGUAAUAAUCGAAAAAAACAAAGCAUGUAACUAAAUGUGUUUCAAAGAUCUUCUCGUCUUUACUCUUUUAGCUGAACACCUCGUAGAACUUCUCUGUAACGACAAUGCCCGAAUCCAUAGACUCAAGAGGAUCUUUCCUAAGACGGUGUCUUAAGCAAUUCGGUAUAACGAUACCAACAUCUUCUGCCGUCACAUGAUCUCUUCCUUUAAGCGCAGCAAGCGCUCUCGCAGCUCUGUUAGUCACAAUAUCACCUCUCAGUCCAUCAACGUCAAGCUCAGCGCAGACCCUCGAGAUCUUUACUUUCAAAUCUUGAUCGAUCUCAACUCCAGAAAGAUUGCUUCUCGCGCUCGUAAUCUGCUCCUGAAGCUUCAUCUGCUCCUCCAGAUAAGACUCUCGAAACUCCUUUGGGUUACUAUCAAAACGAGCUCUCUCUUCCACAAUCUUGACCCUCAGCUCAGCGUCUCUAACUGUGCCUACUUGCGCGUGCAUACCAAACCUAUCGAGAAGCUGCGGUCUAAGCUCUCCUUCCUCCGGAUUCCCUGAGCCAAUGAGGAUAAACCGAGCCGGGUGAGAGAUGGAAAUCCCUUCUCUUUCAACAGUGUUCCAACCUGAAGCAGCAGAA